UGCAAUAACUACCCGGAAUUUUGUUCUCGAAAGUACUCUAACAUCACCGAGGUUGCGGCACACAACUCUCCCUACUCCGUUAAAAACAAUGCGGCUUCGAAUCAGGCUCUCGAUGUGACGCAGCAACUUGACGAUGGCAUUCGAAUGUUACAGGGUUCUAUCCAUUAUGAGAACGAAACUUUGUACUUUUGUCACACAAGUUGUGACCUUUUGAAUGCUGGGACCGUUGAGCAAUACCUGACCAAAGUGGUCACAUGGCUACGUAGCAACCCGUAUGAGGUCGUUACCAUCCUGCUCGGCAACUCAGACCAAGUCAGUGUUACGAAGUAUGUGGAUCCAAUCCAGAAUUCGGGCUUGGGGACUUAUGUCUAUGAACCUCCAAAGAUACCUAUGGCAGCGAGCGACUGGCCAACCCUGGAAGAAAUGAUUUUGUCUCAAAAACGAGUUGUGAUUUUCAUGGACUACUCCGCAAACCAACAAGAGGUUCCAUAUGUCUUGGACCAGUUCAGCCAGCUUUGGGAAACUCCAUUCUCACCCACAGACGUCAACUUUCCCUGUUACGUGAACCGACCUCCUGGUAUCAGUGACGAGCAGGCUCGGGAUCGCAUGUAUCUCGCCAACCAUAAUCUGAACACCGAGGUUAAAUUUGCCGGAGAGACAUUUCUGAUUCCAAACACCGCAGUGCUCGAUGUCGCAAAUGGUGUUGACGGUAUGGGCAGCCUGGGGAAUAUGACGGGAAAAUGCACGCAAGAUUGGGGGAAGCCACCGAAUUUCCUGAUUGUCGAUUACUAUAACAGAGGAUCUUUCAACGGCUCCGUAUUUGAGGUCGCUGCACAAGCAAAUAACGUAACCUAUAAC